AUGGAAGGCGCCAGAUGCGGUGUUUUGAAUGGAUUUAGUGAAUUGCGGUACAAGUGUGCAAUUUUGGUGAUCACUGCUGAGGCGUAUCGAACGAAACCGAGGACGGUCGCUGUAUUUUUGUGCGCGGUGAGCCUCGCCGCCGCUGGUCAACUGUUGGAAUCUAUUGAGCCUGCAUACAGUUCAGCUCCUGCAGUCUCCUCCGUGUCUUUCACAUCUCACACGUCUCACUCACCCGUCUCAUACGCAUCAGCUCCCGCCUACACUAGUUACGAAAGCGCACCUAUUGUAAAGUCCUACGAAACACCGGCCUAUACUUACUCCACUCCAAUCAUUGCCAAGACCUAUGCGGCUCCCGCAGUUACCUACUCAGCUCCAGUCUACGCCAAGUCUGUUUCUUCAGCUAUAUCUUACUCAAGCCACUCUGCUCCUUUGACCUAUGCCGCAGCUUCUCCUCUCCUUGCCAAGACCUACACCGCUCCUGGCUACACGACUUACUCUUCCUCUCCUAUCGUAGCUAAAGCGAUUGCCCCAGCGGUUUCUUACUCUUCAUACUCAGCCCAUUCAGCUCCUAUUGCAUACGCUGCUGGUCCCGUAGUUACUAAGUCCUAUGCUAUCCCUGAUGUAGCUACGUAUUCCACUGUCCCUGUACUAAAAUCUGCAGUGACCUACGGCGCCAACUACGGUUGGUGA